ACUCAUUAACACAGAUAUUUGUUUUGUUUUCCGUUGUCUUGAAAAAUUUGAACAACCGAUCGAAAACCAUGCAUGUCUCUGUCCUGUACAAGGCUUACAAUACAGUCUACAUUUCCCCAAAAUCUCCAUUGUCUGCUCCUGGAAACACUCAUUUUUUGUUCUUUUUACAGCGUCCGGCAGUUGAUUACUCCGCAGGCGACUCUCCGGCUGCCCUUUCAUUCACCGUUUAAGACUUUAGGAGAUCGUCUUAUUGUUGUCUUGGGGUCAUUGAUGUUGCAUGCUUGAGCUGCGAUUUGGGGCUUCUUUAGAUGGCCUCUGCACAUAAGCAUAUCGCGGAAAACAUAUCUCGUCUUUCCAAUAUUCUUGAGCUUGAAAAAUGUGAAACCUACCUAUUAUUCCGUUGGGAAACCGACCUUGGGGCUGGUAUUAGGACCUUACUGUAUUUUCUUGGUCUUGCUUACUGUUUCAUUGGGUUGUCAGCUAUAACUGCUCGUUUCUUCCGCUCAAUGGAAAAUGUUGUGAAGCAAACACGGAAAGUUGUAAAGAUAGAUCCUUCUACUGGCAAUGAAAUUGUCAGAUAUGAAAAGGUGUGGAAUUACACAAUUGCAGACAUUGCCCUCCUGGCCUUUGGGACUAGCUUUCCUCAAAUAUCAUUAGCCACUAUUGAUGCCAUAAGAAACAUUGGCGAGCUGUACGCAGGAGGUUUGGGUCCCGGAACGCUUGUUGGCUCUGCUGCAUUUGACCUUUUUCCCAUCCAUGCUGUGUGUGUUGUUGUUCCAAAAGCUGGAGAGUUGAAAAAGAUAUCUGAUAUAGGAGUUUGGCUAGUGGAGCUCUUUUGGUCUUUUUGGGCUUAUGUUUGGUUAUACAUAAUAUUAGAGGUAUGGACUCCAAAUGUGGUUACCCUGUGGGAGGCCUUAUUAACGGUACUGCAAUUUGGACUACUGCUGACUCAUGCUUAUGCUCAAGACAAGCGCUGGCCCUACUUGGCUCUUCCUCUAACUGAGAGGCCAGAGGACUGGGUGCCGGCAGAAGCGACUCCAUGCGAAUACAAUUCCAAUGCCUAUAAUGAUCUCUCUGAGAUAAACCAAGUUGGUGAAGAUGAAAUCAGGGGCGUUGUUGAUAUUUUCUCCAUUCAUUCAAGAAAUGAAACUGGUCUGGUGUACGAAAAAGUUUCUGUCAAUGAUGGUUCUGCUGAAUGCUCCAACAAAGAUACUCAAGACAAUAUCAGUUUAAAAGAUUCUCAUUUUCUCCAACUUUGGAAACAGCAAUUUGAGGAUGCACUCAUGCUGGAAAGAAAAGAAUCAAGAAAACUCAACAAUGUCUAUCUCAGAGUAGCAAGCAUGUCCUGGCAGUUACUUCUUGCCCCAUGGAGAUUUCUGUUUGCUUUUGUGCCUCCCUACCAUAUUGCUCAUGGCUGGAUCGCAUUUAUAUGUUCUCUACUUUUCAUCAGUGGGAUAGCUUAUAUUGUAACCCAGCUGACAGAUCUUAUAAGUUGUGUCACAGGAAUAAAUGCAUAUGUCAUAGCAUUUACAGCACUAGCAGGUGGAACUUCAUGGCCAGAUUUAGUGGCAAGCAAGAUUGCUGCUGAACGUCAGACUACAGCAGACUCUGCCAUUGCAAACAUCACUUGCAGCAAUUCAGUUAACAUAUACGUUGGCAUUGGCAUUCCUUGGCUUAUUGACACAGCAUACAACUUUAUCGCAUAUAGAGAACCACUGCGGAUCAAGAAUGCAGAGGGACUAAGCUUUUCUUUGCUUGUUUUCUUCGCCACUUCUGUAGGGUGUAUUGCUGUUUUGGUAUAUAGGCGUAUGACGUUGGGUGCAGAGCUGGGAGGGCCAAGGCUUUGGGCCUGGCUUACCUCUGUGUACUUCAUGUUUCUUUGGAUUAUUUUCGUCGUGUUGUCUUCCCUCAAAGUCUCAGGGAUCAUAUGAGAAGUUACAUCAAUUUUUUCUUUAAUUACAGCAUCAUUUUUCCCAUUGUUACAGUGGGCAUCC